UUCAAUCUCUUCAAAAGAAGUUUUGGAAACCUAACGUGUUAGGUUUCAAUCUUCGUUUGUAGAACUUUUAGUUAAUUCAAACAGAAAACAAAAAUAUUUCAUUUCAAAUUUCUUUCUCUGUUAUUUAAUUGAAAUAACAACACCGCAUCAAAAUGGGGAGCAAUGAUAAAUCUGGAAUACUUUAUCUUUUUGAUCGUCCCGCUGAACCCGUUUACGUACCUAAAGGAGAAAAACGUGUGGCUUUUGACAUACCAGCUGAUUAUUUGCCUGACCAAUAUCAACCAGCUGCCGUUGACAUAUUUAAUCGAUUCGGUGAAACAACCGAUUCUAAAAUACCUGUAAAACAAAUUAGUUUACCUGAUCUAAGCAUUCCCAUGCAACUUGGACGUAGAUCACCGUUCUCAUUAUUCAUACCUGCUCAUCGUAAAGUAGCUGCACGUUUAAUCGACAUAUUCAUGGGUAUGAGAACAUACGAAGAUUUCUUAUCGGUCGCGGUUUAUUGUCGUGAUCGAAUGAAUCCGAAUAUGUUUAUUUAUGCAUUAUCAGUUGCAAUAUUGCAUCGUCCUGAUACCAAAAAUUUACCGAUUCCCCCUUUACACGAGGUAUUUCCUGACAAGUAUAUCGAUGGUGGUAUUUUUUCGCGUGCUCGAGAAGAAGCCAACGUUUCAUCUCCUGGUCAAAGGAUUCCCAUUGAAAUCCCAAGGGACUUUACUGCUUCCGAUUUAGACGACGAGCACAGAGUUGCUUAUUGGAGAGAAGAUAUCGGGGUCAAUCUUCAUCACUGGCAUUGGCAUCUGGUUUAUCCGUUCGAGGGCGACAUGAAAAUCGUUAACAAGGAUCGACGUGGGGAGCUCUUCUACUACAUGCAUCAGCAGAUCCAAGCAAGAUAUAAUUGCGAACGUUUGUGCAAUCGAUUGGGACGCGUAACUCGAUUGAUUAACUGGCGAGAACCAAUUCCUGAGGGAUAUUUUCCAAAGUUAGAUUCAUUGACUGCAAAUCGUAACUGGCCAUCCAGACCAAGCGGUGCCGUUCUUCGUGAUAUCAACAGGCAAGCGGAUCAAUUAAAUUUUGAUAUUCAAGAUUUGGAAAGAUGGCGUGAUCGCAUUUACGAAGCUAUUCAUACGAGAAUGAUAACCAAUAUCAGAGGUGAAAAAAUACCACUUACGGAAAAAGAAGGUAUCGAUAUACUUGGAAAUAUCAUGGAAUCUAGCAUUCUAUCACCUAACGUCAAUCUAUAUGGGGAUCUUCAUAAUCUCGGUCACGUUUUGAUUUCUUUCGUUCACGAUCCUGACAAUCGUUAUUUGGAAUCUUUCAGCAUUAUGGGUGAACCUGCUACGGCUAUGAGGGAUCCAGUAUUUUAUAGAUUCCAUGCAUUCUGCGAUGACGUAUUCCAAGAACAUAAAGAUACUUUACCCGAGUACAACGUAGAUCAACUCGAUUUUCCAGGAGUAGAAAUAACUGACAUUCGAGUGACUACUGCGAAUCAACCCCCAAAUAAUUUAGCCACCUUCUGGAACAAGAGUGAUAUCGAUUUAUCACGUGGUCUCGAUUUCACUCCACGUGGACCAGUCCUCGUCAGAUUCACUCAUCUCAAUCAUUCUGAUUUCACUUAUACGAUCGUAGCAAAUAAUCGUAAUAAUUCACCUAAAAAAGGUACCGUACGCAUAUUCAUGGCACCUCAACAAGACGAACGUGGAUUACCAUUUACAUUUAGACAACAGAAACAUCUCAUGAUUGAAAUGGAUAAAUUUACCGUUUUACUACGUCCUGGACAAAAUACAAUUCAACGUAGUUCAACCGAAUCCACGCUAACAAUUCCCUUCGAAAGAACCUUCCGAAACGUUGAUGAGAAUAGACCAAUCGGUGGUGAUAGUCUGGAACAGUUCAACUUCUGCGGUUGUGGCUGGCCCCAACAUUUGCUUAUACCAAAAGGAAGUAAAGAUGGAUUUCCGAUGGAUCUUUUUAUCAUGAUUUCCGAUUAUACCGGUGAUGCGGUUGAACAGGAAGAAUCAACGGGUUGCAAGGAUGCCACGAGUUUCUGUGGAUUGAGGGACCGCAAAUAUCCGGACGCACGUUCAAUGGGUUAUCCCUUCGAUCGCAAACCACGUGCUGGGGUUGAUAAUUUGGCACAAUUCCUAACCGGCAAUAUGGCGAUCACUACGGUAACCAUAAGAUUCACCGAUGCUGUAGUACCACGUACUAGAUCUGGAAGUUUUAGUAACACCUUGACCUUUAAUUAACAACAAAAUGCGAUUUCUUUUUCCUCCUGGAUAUUCAUGGUUUUUUUUCUUUUCCUAAUAUUUAAUCGUUUACUUUAGUUAAUGGCUUAGAACGGGAAUAUUCGUAAUUUCGCGAUACAAUCAAAAAAUUUUAACCUCAAGGAAGAACCAAAAUUUUGUUUGUUUGUUUAUUCAAUAUCGGAUUGAAACAAAAAUAUUGAAGAAAAAAAAAAAGGUAGAAGGAUGAUAGUUUUAAUUAUUUCGAGUGAUUGUUAACUCCUUUUUAGAUUUCAUAUAAAUUUCUCGCUCUUCUAUGGGAUUUAAAAAAAAAAUCAUUUUUACAGAAGAUAGUUGAACAAUUUUGCUUUCAUUUUUUUUCUUUUUUAAUAAAAGUGAGAUGUUCGAAGGAAAUUAAA